GUGCAGCAUCCAAAUUGUCAAAUCAUGACGGUGCCGAAUCCGGCAACGGUGCCCUUCCCUUGAGUUGCUUCUCAAGGUGCUCCUUCAACUCAAAAACUUGCCAGCCUCAGACGUCGAAGCAGUGGUUCAGGACCUCAAUCAGUGAGGUGUAAAUCUGAGGCAAAGCUCGCACAAAAGAGCUUCAUCCUCCUCCAGUGUGGCCGCAAUCCUCGACCUAACAAUUUCUACCCCGCGAUCCAAGCGCACCAUGGCGGACCCCUGUCGCAUCCUGGUCAUGGCCAGCGGCAAUGGCUCGAAUUUCCAGGCUUUGAUAGACGCCGUCAACGACGGGCGGAUUCCCGAUUCCAAGAUUGUCCGCCUCGUUGUGAACCGGGCAAAGGCGUUCGCAACCACCCGCGCGGAACGUGCCGGCAUUCCGUGGGAGUAUUUCAACCUGAUCGCAAACGGGUUUCAGGCAAAGGGGGAAAAGGACCCGCAGAAGAUACAAGAAGCACGAGAUAACUAUGACGCGGCGUUAGCCGAGAAGCUGGUCAAGGGCGACUUCAAGCCCGACCUUGUGGUGCUUGCCGGCUGGAUGUAUGUGUUUGGCAAGCGUUUCCUCGACCCGCUUGACGCCGCUGGCAUCAAGAUUAUCAACCUGCACCCUGCUCUGCCCGGCAAAUAUGACGGUGCCAAUGCUAUUGAGCGGGCGUUUGAGGAUUUUCAAGCAGGCAAACUCGAGAACGGCAGGACGGGCAUCAUGGUUCACUACGUCAUUGACAAGGUGGAUAGGGGGGAGCCCAUCUUGACAAGAGAGAUCGAGUGCCGGCAGGGAGAGGAUCUGCAUCAGCUCGAGGAAAGGAUACAUGUCCACGAGCACGAGCUGAUUGUGGAAGCGACUGCCCAGGUCGCAAAGGAGAUUGUUGCUAGGAAAAGGAAGACGCAAUAAACCCCUUUUUUCGCCUCUGAAGCCUGCCAACAACAUCAUGAGUCAAGAGUCCUGAGUGCUCUUCAGACGGCGAAAGCCUUUCGUGGCCGACAAGUGCGGCCCCAACAGAGUCAACAGC